AUGCUCCACAUGAACAUGCUGAAGCCCUACCAUAAGCGAGCAGAGGAGGUGGCAGUGAUCUGUGCCCCUGCCUCUGAGGACUUUGACAUCCUUCACCUACCCAACCUCCUAAGGGAUGGGAGUCAAUCAGCAUCCCAUUAUGACAUUCAAGGAUGCAGUCUUCACGGAUCUGAUUUGGUUGAGAUGUUGGAGGAAGGUGAUAUCUUAAUAGGUGUAGUGCUCCCUUUUCAUAUUUAUAAAGAAUACCAUAAAAUCAUGUUUACGGAACGUCCUCCACAGGGAUCUUGCAAAAUAUUUAGUUUUGAAGUAUUUCAGCAGUUUCAUGCCAUGAAGUUUGCUUUUGACGAGAUCAACCGGAGCCCCACUCUACUUCCUAACCUAACUCUGGGUUUCCAAGUCUAUGAUUCAUGUUCAGGAAUCCAAGAAGAGCUGGAUGGAACUUUAAAGAUGUUAACAGGUCAGAAGCAGGGAGUCCCAAAUUUCCUUUGCAAGAAAUUAUCCCCUGUGUCCUCCAUCAUUGGACAUUCCAUGUCUUCUUUCUCUAUUCUCAAUGCUCACGUGCUGGGCUUAUACCGAUACCCACAGGUAAGUUACUUGUCAACCAGUUCUGUCCUGAGUGACAAAACACACUUCCCCUCAUUCUUCCGUACUGUCCCAAGUGAUGCCUUUCAAAUCAAGGGUCUCGCACAGUUGGUGUUACACUUUGGCUGGACGUGGGUUGGGUUAGUGGCUGUGGAUGAUGACUAUGGGCAUCAAGGCAUUCCAGCCCUUAAGCAGGAAAUCCUCAGGGGUGGAGCUUGUGUGGCAUUCACAGAAUAUAUAACAACUAAUCGUAUGGAACAAAUUCCUCACUUAACAAAGAUUGUGAAAGAAUCAACAGCAAAAGUUGUGAUUGUUUUUACUACAGAUGGUGAGACUAUGCUACUUCUGGAUGAGAUGUUGAGGCAAAAUGUAACAAGCAAACUUUUUGUGGCCAGUGAAGCUUGGUCCAUCUCAAAAAUGUUAUCAGUGAACAAAUAUUCUUCACUGCUGUCUGGAGCUAUUGGUUUAUCCUUCCAAAGCUCAACAAUCCCAGGAUUUGGACAAUUUGUGAACUCCAUUAACCCCUUUAAAAACACAGAGGAUCCAUGGACAAACAUAUUCUGGAAAAAAGCUUUAGGGUGUAAAAAAUGUGACCACACAAACGUCACAGUUUCAUGGGAUAAUUUCACAUUCUGUACAGGAAAUGAGAGUAUGGAGAGUAUCCAGGACAGCUUCUACGAUGUAUCUAACUUACGAAGUGCCUAUAACCUUUAUAAGGCAGUUCAUGUCAUAGCUAAAUCUUUAGAUGAUAUGAAAAAAUGCAGAAAAGACAAAGGACCAUUUUAUAAUGGGAGCUGCCCUGACUUUCAUGACUUUAAACCAUGGCAGCUAUCAUAUUAUGUCCAACAAGUACGGUUGACGCUUGACAAUGGACAAGAACACUUCUUCGACAUGAAUGGUGACCCACCUGCAGUGUAUGAUAUUGUAAACUGGCAAAUGAGGGCAGAUGGCACAAUAAGGCACAUAAAAGUUGGUGGCUAUGAUACCACAAAGGCUAAAGAGAAUGUCUUUCAUAUCAAUGCAACUGCUGUCCAAUGGUCAUCUUAUGAAGGACAGGUAUACUGUGAAAACUCAGUUGACUGCUUCAAGUGUCCAUGGAAUAUGUGGCCCAAUGACCAGAAAGACACAUGUCUCCUGAAGAACAGAGAGUUUCUCUCCAUUGAAGAGCCUUUGGGUGCUGCCCUAGCUGCUACAAGUGUUCUCUCAUCCUUGCUGCCAAUUUCUAUUGUUGGGCUUUUCAUGUGUUAUAAAAAUACCCCUAUUGUCCGAGCAAACAACCUCUCCCUAAGUUGUCUUCUCCUAAUGUCAAUGUCCCUCUGUUUCCUCAGCUCCUUAGCUUUUAUAGGUUACCCUCAGCGUGAGAAAUGCAUUUUUCGGCAAGUUGCAUUCGGCACAGUCUUUACACUUUGUGUAUCUUGUAUUUUAGCCAAAACGCUCAUGGUGGUUUUUGCCUUCAUGGCCACAAAACCUGGUAGCAGUUUAAAGAGAUGGGCUAAGCCUCUGGUUUCCUAUAUGAUAAUUUUUGUAUCCUUCUUCUUACAAUUAAUUGUGUGCAUCUCAUGGAUCUCAUUUGCCCCUCCUUUCCCAACAAACAACAUACAAACCAAACCAGGAAUUAUCAUUGUUGAAUGUGAUGAGGGUUCACCCACAGCCUUCUGGUGCAUGCUGGGAUACCUUAGUCUCCUGGCCACCAUCAGUUUCAUUGUUGCCUUCUUGGCCAGAAGACUUCCUGACAGUUUCAAUGAAGCCAAGUUUAUCACCUUUAGCAUGCUAGCCUUCCUCAGUGUCUGGGUUUCCUACAUCCCAGCUUCUCUUAGUUCCACUGGAAAGUACACGGUGGCCAUGGAAAUCUUUGCCAUCCUGUCUUCAAGCUGGGCCCUGUUGAGUUGCAUGUUUGUCCAAAAAUGUUUUAUUAUAUUGUUCAGACCAGAACUGAAUUCUAAGGUACAUCUGAUGGGGAAAUCACAAAAUUAA